AUGUUGGGGCGGCUGGUUGGCUCGAGAAUUGAGAGGCUGCACAUUCAUCAAGAUUUUUGCUGCCAUUCGGAAAUCCCGCCCUACUGCGCUUGUCGGCAUUUUGAUACCGAGAAGUUGUCGGCGAUUUUAUGUGAUGCAAAGAUCCCCUCCACCUCAACCCUAUGCUUCUCCCUGCGACAACCACGCCAAAUUCUACUACCCAACGGCCAGCUGGUCCAAAGAAAAAUCGACUUCCUAAAGCUACGCCGCGAUACACUGGACGUAUUCAUGCCGGGCGUCGAGAUUUCGGCAUAUCUUCAGAAAAUUCGCAACGAAGAGGCGCCAUACCGCUUCAAGAGUCUAAUUCUUCGGCCUGUGGAUCAGAUCUCGCUCGACCAUCUAAAAGGCCCGGAAACGACGUCGUUUGAAGAAUCUAAGACUGGCAUCUACAGAAUAGCCAUCUCUUCCUUCUAUCUGCAUGUAGAACGAUUAGUUGAAUAUCCGCAAGAAAAAGAGGAGUCCAAAGCGGCUCAAAAAUCCGAAGAAAACCCCCCGGAGCCCGAAAAGGAGCACGACUGGGCGGAGGAGUCUGAGGAAUCCAGAAUACACGACGACGACUCGGAAUCAGAGCCCGAUUCUGAGGAUGACGUCGUGCAAGAGGAAGAUGAGGAUGAGACAGAAGUCGAAGAAGGGCGC